UUCUCGAAUAGAAAUAUCUCGAAGUUCGAGCAAGGAAUGUCGAUAUUCCUUAAUGACAACUUCGCACAUUGCACAUGGCCUGUCAUGGCGAGGGUGCUUGACAGAUGUGUAGAUCUAUGAUAUGCUGAUUUCAUAGCGCGCAAAGUAAACAAAUACAGAGUCGGUAGUAUCGCUGUUACGCGAACGUGGUAAUUAUUGGAUUUUACGUAGUGCAAACAAGCCUAGGAGUUACUUUUCGAGAACGUGUAGGCAAAUGCGCCAUGAAGCGUUAUACUUUUAUAAGUUUGGCGAGUUUGGACGUGGCGCGGGUGUGACAGUUUAUCGUGGGUGCUUCAAAAAAUCACGUACCGCGGUGCGCUAAAGUGCUUUUGUUACCUUGAAAGAUGUUGUUCUGAAAAAUGGUGCCUUUCACGAUGCACCGGUAUACAUAACAGUGAUCGACUUUCAUAUUUGCUUAGGAAUCUAGUACGUUUCGCGUGCAAUACUAAAAUUUGCUAUCCCUUUGACGUUUAUUUUUCUUCCUGAACAUUGAGUAUUUAUCAUACGUGAUUUGUCAACUCUGUAGUGGAUAUGAUAUGUAUAUCAGUUCUAUAUUAUGAUAUACGGCUGUUUGGAGCACAGUGCUUUCUAUGGAUUUUUUAGAAGCAUAAUACUUGGCUCUUGCUAGUUCUGGAAACUUUUGAAUAUCAAUAUUUUCUUCAACGGAAAGUGUAUGGAUUGGAAACACGUGCAACAUACACGGACAGACAUGUCGCCAAGUCCUGUAACUCAUGGUGCUACGACAAGGAUAGCAGGAGAUAUGUAUCAUGAUAUGACUGGCCAAAUAAAUCCAAUUGGUUGCAUACCACCGCCAUCGUAUCAUAAUAUUAAUCUUCCACUUGGCCAUCCAUCCGUAUUGGCUAGUGACCGUGGAGCACCACCAUCGUAUGAAGAAGCCAUAGAUCCAAAUGCUCCACCACCAUCUUAUGACUCUCUAUUUGGUCGAAUGAGAGAAGCGCAUAAAGCAUCCAAAGGUGUAUUUAAUUUCUUAAAGAAUAUCAUCGUCCUCUUGUUAGGGACAAUCGGUUGCAGUAUCAUUCUUGGAGUUUCUAUAGUACUUCCAAUAUCUAUGAUGAUCAUUGGAGGACUCUACUUAUACGAUUGUCCUCAGGGCGAAUAUAUUCCUGUCUACCUUCUAGUAGGUGGUGGAUUCAGUGUGCUGAAACAGUUACUUCAUCUCUCAGCCAGGGUACGUCAGCGUCAAGAAGAAAGGGAUGAAGAAAGAAUAAGGCAGUCACCAACACAGACUCUCAUUAAUUGUUUUAUGCUUGGCUGGUUUAUUAUUGGUUCCAUGUGGGUCUAUAAGGAAUACCAACCAAACUAUGACCCAAGUCAGGGCAAGUAUUGCAACAAGACAUUGUAUUUGUUCGCCUUUUGGUUAAUAACUUCGGCAUACAUUUUACUUGGAGUAGUGACUGCGGCACUGUGCAUUAUUUCUGUGGCUAGUAUCGCGUUUCAAAGACCACCGCCUGAUUUAAUGUGAGACAUUCCUGGUCAAUGCACGCGCCAGAAUGAACUGCGCCCAAUCGUACAAGUGCUGUCGGUGCGAGAAGAACCACAGCUGUGUGGAACGAUAUAGUAAAUAUAUCAUAAGUGCUGCGAGUAAGAAAAGAAGAAACAAUACGCUAUAAUCCGUGAUAGGUUGUGACAAAAAUCGUCCAUCACACAUCGUCCGUACGCCGUCGCAUCCGCCUAUAUGCUACUACUAUUCUAAGGAUACUCAAAAAAUAACGAAUAUAUACUCGAAUUAUGAAUCUCGAGUUUAAAAAACGGACCAUGUCUGAUGACAAACACCGAAAGGCAAUGGCUAUUCAAACCAAAAGUAACAAGUGGAGGUAAAUGUUUAAUUGGAUUUGCUUGAAUUUCAUUUCUCGUGUUCAGGGUUGGUAGAAUCGGGAAUCUUUCUUUAUAAAACCUGAAUAUUAUAUUUGACUAUCUUUAGCAUGACACAAACAACCCUGAAAUAACUGGAUAACUCAUAUUUUACUUUACUAUAUAUUCGAAAUCAGAUAAACCGGUUUUUAUAACGCAGUUGAGGCCAAACCUCAAUAAAUUCUUUUAGUAAUUUGUAUAUAUUAUUCGUAAGUACAAUCGUAAGUACAAAAUAAGAAUUCCUUUUUCUACUCUUUACAACGUCUCUGAGGAUAUCUGGUUUUCGAUCGUAUGUAUAAGUGAUCGACACUCGUUAAAAAAUAUCGGGAAUCAUGAGUCAUAGGUAAGCGACACUGGUCGUAUAAAACCAAAAUAAAUAGAUAAAAGAUACCGUUUCGUAUCUCUAAACUUCAUAAUUAACAAAAGGUAUAUAAUUAUAUAUAUAUAUAUAUAUAUAUAU